AUGCAAGUGAACAGCAUCGAAGACACCCAACAUGGGUUUGAGAGAUAUAAAAGCGUCACCAAACCAUCUGAGCAUAGUGCUUAUAAGAAGAAGGUCGUAAAUUCAAGAAUUGAUUGGGAAAAAGGACCUUUAGUGAAGCAGAAUAAAGACAAAGUUUCAAAUUUUAUCAGAAGUUAUGACUCCUCUAUCGAGGAUUUUGCUAAGGGAUUAAAUAAAUCUAUUCAAAUAAAAUCCUUGGAUGACUCAUUUUAUUUCGUUGAUAAAGUAAAGGAUAAAAACACUGUCCAAAAUAUUUGAGAGAGAGCAGGGAAAAUUAAGAUGAAAGAUCUGAAAGAACUAAAUAAAUCAUUCGUGAGUAUAAAGCUGAACACUUCGAAACUUAAAAAUCACUCUAAAAGAAACAAGACUCAGACAGAGUAUGAGAGUGAGGCUGAUGCAGAAGUUUGUAAAGAGAGUCCAGUCAUUGACCAGAAGGAAGGCAAGGUCAAGUUUGUGAAUGAUGAUCUUCAAUACGAUGACAUGCUCCAGACUCAGAAAGUUUUCAAAGUCAUUGUUUCUAAAUAACCCAAGUCAAGAAGAGAGAUCAGAGUAUGGAAGUGCUACAGAUAACAUCAGUCAAAAAAAUCAUAUUCACAAGAAUGAUUGUCAAACUUUGAGAAACUAUUUUGAGCCCUCAGUUAAGUUAAAUAAUAUGAGGGGGCAUCCAAGAAAAUAAAUCCAACCCACACAAGCAUCAAACUACAUCAUUGAAAUACUUGAGAGAGGGGCAAAUGAUGAUCAACGAUAGCCAAGGAAUCCUCCCAAUGAGAGAAAUAAGCAUCAAUGUUAGAAAAACUCGAGGGAGUACAACUCAAGAAAGACGGAGAGCCCAAAAAGGUAAAAUAAAUCAAAGUAGCCAGUAUAAUAAAUAUGCUCAGGCUAAUAUAAAUUAUUUCCAGAAAUAAAUCCAGUACGAGGCACAGCAUGAGGCAUCACCGAAAGAAGAGAGCGAGUCCAAUGUUUGGGCCUCUAAGAAAUAAAACGAUUCAAGAUAUGAAAUCUACACAUUACCAUAAAAAUUCUCCAAUGAUGGUUAAUUACGACAUUGCGAGGAAGGAUACUCUGCCUGACACUGGUGAUAAGCAAAGAUACAACAUAAAGGCUUCUGUGAGUAUUAAGACUCCUCACAAAUCAACAGGGGGUUCCUUUCUUGGAAUGGGAGAUAACUCUGUAUCUCCAACAAGAAGUAUUUAUAACAAGAAGGAUAAGAUCGUAAAGUCUGCUAAGAUAUAUUCAAAAGAGUUUUCUAAGAUCUCAAUGCUUCUGAGUAAGAGAUCUGUCCAUGCAAUGAACAAAAGACUUAGAGAAAAUGUCGCCACUCAGGACAUCUAUGCAAUGCUACAGAAAAGACGGAAGGAGAUUCGAAGAGAAUAUCAGAACAAGAAGUUAAUCCUCAGAGACCCCAAUGAUGAAGAAUAUGCUACUCAGGAAAUUCUUGGCUAUGCUAUGUCAAUCAUGACUGGUGUCAAGGAGAAGUCAAAGAAUUUGGAAGGGAAAAUGGAAAUAUUGCAAAAGAAAUGGAACUUGAAAGAGCCAUAA